AGAUGAGUGCAGAUGUGUGGUGGCGCUGGGACUGCCUGGGGGGAGGGUGGAGAGGGGCAGGCCGUGAGGACGUGGAGGGCCAGCAGGGCGCCUCCUCUCCACCACCACCCCACCCUACCCUCACCACCACCUCCCCACCCCCCUCUCCACCUCCUCCUCCUUCUUCCCAAACUUUUCUCCAAACUCUCACACUGGACCAAGAUGGCCUCCUGUCCUGUCCCGUACUGCGCGCUGCUCCUCCUCGCGCUCCCGUGCGUCUCUCUUGCGCAGUACGAGAAGUACAGCUUCCGCAGCUUCCCGCGGCACGAGCUCAUGUCGCUGGACUCCGCGUACCGCCACGCGCUGGACCAGUACUCGUCGGAGAAGUGGCCGGAGACGGUGGAGUACAUGGAGGUGAGUCUGCGGCUGUACCGGCUGCUGCGGGACAGCGAGGCGUUCUGUAACCUGAACUGCAGCUCGGUGCGGCUGGACGACGAGAGCCACUUCGACUCGUUUCCGGAGCUGCGCGCCUUCGGGAACGUGAUGAAGCGCGCGCAGUGCCUGAAGCGCUGCAAACAGGGCCUGCCCGCCUUCCGCCAGACCCUGCCCAGCCGCGAGACCGUGGAGGACUUCGAGAAGCGCGAGCCCUACAAGUACCUGCAGUUCGCCUACUUCAAAAGUAAUAACCUGGCCAAGGCUGUAUCUGCGGCACACACCUUUCUGCUAAAGCAUCCGGAUGAUGAGAUGAUGCAAAGGAACAUGAACUACUACAAGAGUCUGCCUGGAGCUGAAGAGCAUAUCAAAGACCUGGAGACCAAAUCAUAUGAGGCGCUGUUCAUCAGAUCUGUGCGGGCGUAUAACGGUGAUAAUUACCGAACCUCGGUGUCGGACAUGGAGCUGGCACUCAGAGACUUCUUUAAGGUGUAUGAUGAAUGCAUCGCUGCCUCUGAAGGGGCCAGAGAAGUCAGAGACUUUAAAGAUUUUUACCCCUCCAUUGCAGAUCAUUAUACCGAGGUUCUGGAACAGAAGGUUCGCUGUGAGAGUGAUUUGACACCAGUUGUUGGUGGGUUUGUUGUGGAGAAAUUUGUGGCAACCAUGUAUCACUACCUUCAGUUUGCCUACUAUAAAUUGAAUGAUCUGAAGAAUGCAGUGCCGUGUGUGGCGAGCUACUUGCUCUUUGACUCUGAUGAUGAAGUGAUGAAGAAUAAUAUGGUAUAUUAUCGAUACCACAAAGAGAAGUGGGGACUCACUGAGGAGGAUUUCCUGCCCAGACCGGAAGCACAACGGUACUACAAUCAGACAACACUCCAGCUGCAGCUGUUAGAAUUCGCUAAAGAAAAACUCCGGCAGGAUGAUGAGGGGGAAGUCUUGGAGUUUCUAGAUGAGUACUUGGACGCUGAAGAGAAGUAGACUAAUGAACUUUUAUGCACUGAUAAUAACAGAACAAAAAGUGAGGAGAACUGAACUAUGAACUAUGAGUUUUGAGUAUUUUCUAGUGUGAGUAUUUUAUUGAGUUUGUUGUAUUUAUUUCAGUCUACUUCUACCAACCUCAUUGUCCAUCUAAAUGCAUUGACAAUCAUUAGUACAAUGCACCAUCACUGUACAAUCACUGUGAUUCAGAGGGAGAAAUCCAAGAAUCUCAUUUGUUGAACUUUUGUAAUAAACGACAGAGUUCUGUA